ACUGAUUUGAAGUUAUCUUGGAGAUAUUUCUAUAUUUAUAUAUUUUAAAGAAUUUUUGCAUUUUAUUUAAAGUGCCAUGAGAAAAUUUGCAUAUUGUAAGGUGGUCCUAGCCACCUCCUUGAUUUGGGUACUUCUGGAUAUGUUUCUGCUGCUUUACUUCAGUGACUGCAACAAAUGUGAUGAGAAAAAGGAGAGAGGACUACCUGCUGGAGAUGUUCUAGAACCAGUACAAAAACCACAUGAAGGCCCUGGAGAAAUGGGAAAACCUGUCGUCAUUCCUAAAGAGGAUCAAGAAAAGAUGAAAGAGAUGUUUAAAAUAAAUCAGUUCAAUUUAAUGGCAAGUGAAAUGAUUGCACUCAACAGAACUUUACCGGAUGUUAGGUUAGAAGGAUGUAAAACAAAGGUAUAUCCAGAUAAUCUUCCUACAACAAGUGUGGUGAUUGUCUUCCACAAUGAGGCUUGGAGUACACUUCUAAGAACAGUCCAUAGUGUAAUAAACCGAUCACCAAGACACAUGCUAGAAGAAAUCGUUCUGGUAGAUGAUGCAAGUGAAAGAGACUUUUUAAAGAGACCUCUGGAGAGUUAUGUGAGAAAAUUGAAAGUUCCAGUCCAUGUAAUUCGAAUGGAGCAGCGCUCUGGACUUAUCAGAGCCAGAUUAAAAGGAGCUGCUGUAUCUAAAGGCCAGGUUAUCACCUUCUUGGAUGCUCAUUGUGAGUGUACAGUAGGAUGGCUGGAACCACUCUUAGCAAGAAUCAAAGUUGACAGGAGAACAGUAGUGUGUCCUAUCAUUGAUGUUAUCAGUGAUGACACUUUUGAGUAUAUGGCAGGCUCUGAUAUGACAUAUGGUGGAUUCAAUUGGAAGCUGAAUUUCCGCUGGUAUCCUGUUCCCCAGAGAGAAAUGGACAGAAGGAAAGGUGAUAGAACACUUCCUGUCAGGACACCCACAAUGGCAGGUGGCCUUUUUUCAAUAGACAGACAUUACUUUCAAGAAAUUGGGACAUAUGAUGCUGGAAUGGAUAUUUGGGGAGGAGAAAACUUAGAAAUUUCCUUUAGGAUUUGGCAGUGUGGCGGCACUUUAGAAAUUGUGACCUGUUCACAUGUUGGCCAUGUGUUUCGAAAAGCUACACCUUACACAUUUCCUGGAGGCACAGGGCAGAUCAUCAACAAAAAUAACCGACGACUUGCAGAAGUUUGGAUGGAUGAAUUCAAGAAUUUCUUCUAUAUCAUUUCCCCAGGAGUUACAAAGGUAGAUUAUGGAGACAUAUCAACAAGAGUUGGGCUGAGACAUAAACUACAGUGCAAGCCUUUUUCAUGGUACCUAGAAAAUGUUUAUCCUGAUUCCCAAAUUCCACGCCAUUAUUUUUCUUUGGGAGAGAUCCGAAAUGUGGAAACAAAUCAAUGUCUAGAUAACAUGGCAAGGAAAGAAAAUGAAAAAGUAGGAAUUUUUAACUGCCACGGUAUGGGAGGCAAUCAGGUUUUCUCCUAUACUGCCAACAAAGAAAUCCGCACAGAUGACUUAUGUUUAGAUGUCUCCAAACUUAAUGGCCCAGUCACAAUGCUCAAAUGUCACCAUCUUAAAGGCAACCAGCUUUGGGAAUAUGACCCCGUGAAGUUAACCCUGCAGCAUGUGAACAGUAAUCAGUGCCUGGACAAAGCCACGGAGGAGGACAGUCAGGUGCCCAGCAUUAGAGACUGCAGUGGGAGCCGAUCUCAACAAUGGCUCCUUCGAAAUGUCACCCUUCCAGAAAUAUUCUGAGACAUUUAUUAAAAAAAAAAUAAUUAAGGAUUGACUGGGCUACCUCAGCACACAUUUCUGCCACAUUUUUAAGUAGCAAAAAAAGGAAAAGUGCUUGCCUGCUCUGCAGGAUGCCAGGUUUAUCAGCCAUUAAAACUCUGACUCUCGCUUUUCACUAGCUGUGAACCAGCCUUCCUUUCCAAGGACGUGAAACUACAUACUAGUGAAACUGUGCACACUGAUGUUUACAAGAUUGAAAGAGUCUUUCAUCAAAGAAUCAUUGUAGAAAAUAUUUAGACAAUGAAAACUUAACCAACGAAAUAUGCUCUCUGGAGAGCUGCACAUGUUGUUAUAGUUUGCUUUGCACAUCAGUAAUUUCUGCUGAGAGUGCUGUCAUAAUGAAGAGAUUUCCAAGAUUUUUUUUCCUGAUUAGAACUGGUAACCAGCAUAUGAAAUAUUGAUAUCAGAAAAAUGAAACAAAGCUGGAACCAGAUUCAGUAUCAUGAAGUAACAUUUUUACAGCAAAAACUAUAUUAAACAGGGUUUAAAGGAGAUUAAAUCAGAACUAUGAGAAGUACAAUUUGUUAUAGUAUAGUAUCAAAUUUAUAUGUAGAUUUUAUACCUCAGUGGGGAAAAAUAACUGAUUCCAAUGACAUUAUUUUGUUUUCAUCUGUGUGAUAGUCAUGGAUGCUUUUUUUUCCUGGGGUGCUGAAAUUAAUUGAGCUGAAAAAAUUUGGCUCUGAACAUCAGUUCGUUUUUCCACACUUUUUUAUUUUUAUUUGGUUUGUGGGCUGUUGGAAUUGUAUCUUUUUUAUUGCCUUCUAAGAAACGGAGGUUUAGCAUAAUGUCUAACUUGUUCAGUUUAGACCAGGCAUCUCAGUUGCUCUUGGGUCACCUGGCUUGUGGACUUUUCACAAACAAAAAAUUUCUUAGUGCAUUUUCAAUUUCUUAACUUAACUUGACUGAUUAUGCUUAAUACCCAAGACUCAUACUACUGUACUACAGAUUUGUUUUCAUAGCAAUAAAUCUUUGGUUAUUUGUUUAUGAUUCCAGUCAACAAAAGGCCUGCAAAAGUGAUUUAUUAUUUGGGUAACUGGAGAUAAAAUAGUGGAAGGUUUUCUGGAAAACCUUUUUUUCACUCCAUACUCAGAUGUGCUUCAUUGUCAAGUGCAUACAUAGAUUAGAUUCUUGAAUUGUAAUGUUGAUCUGCUGCUUUUUUGUUAAUAAAAUCUGACAGAAAAUG